AGUAGACCAAGCAGCGCAUGCGCACUGAGCAUGUCUAUCAUGAGUAAGUGGCUAUUUAGUAAGAAAACAAAGGCAGGCGUCUCUUAUUCUACAGCUGCAGAGGUUUGACGAUGGAGCAGCCUUAUUGCUUAUGUGGAUGCAAAAGGAAACGGAAUCAUUAAGAUCCACAGGUCUUCAGAUUCAAGCAUCGAAAUGGAACACCAGUGUCCACUUCUAGUUUAAGACGUUUACGGAUGUUUGAAUCUCGUACUUACGGGAACACUCUAUCUGUGACGCCGCCCUGUUGUUAGAUCACUCAGCAUGGCAACUCACAUGAGGCUUGUGUUGCAUUUGCUAUUGCUGUUCAUAUUUGCUGUGCAGGAGGUCAGGCUGGUGUGUGUGGACGUAGCAUCAGACACAGAGGCCAUCGUAGGUCAUGUUAUGAAGUUAACCUGCAUCUACUGCAUGAAACGAGAGGAGAUCUCUGCCGAGACCAAAGUGGACUGGUUCUUCAUUGGAGAAGAUAAAAGAAAAGUGCUUAUCUAUCAGUAUGAUCGUGAGCCACAGGUGCCAAAGGAUGUAGAAAUGUACUGGAAGGGCCGUCUGACAUGGAGCGGUAGCAAGGACCUGCAGGAUGUCUCCAUUAGCAUCCUAAAUGUUACUCUUAAAGACUCUGGCACAUACAGAUGUGAGGUGUCACGCUUCUUUGAGUUCGAUUCAUUCAAGCAUUCCACCAUCAAGAAAACCACAAUUGAUCUUAAGGUAAAAAUGAAAGCGAGUGAAGACAUCACGGCGCUGUACUCAGAGAUCAUGAUGUAUGUGCUGCUGGUGUUCCUCACAUUCUGGUUGCUGGUGGAGAUGAUCUACUGCUACAGGAAGAUCUCCAAAUCCGAGGAGCAGAUUCAGGACACUGAGACAGACUACUUAGCCAUUCCCUCUGAAAAUAAAGAAAACCCAGGCCCUGCUGCAACGGAAUAAAAGUCUCACACCAUAUAACGGUACUGAUGAUUCUGAACUGGUUUAAAAUGGAGAACUGGCACUGAUCUUGUUCUGACACUCCAAAAGCUGCUGUGAGAAACCAGGAAACCUGCCAAAUCAAAUCCCUCUUGUCUUGAUAACGUGAUGUGUGGAAGAAAUCUCAACUGGUUCAUUAUCUCCCACUGUCUCGAUGGAGGUCAGCAGUAACAAACGUCUAAUCUCAGACUGAUGAGGAUCUCUAUGUGUCUGUCCUCAAUUUUUGCCUUAGUAGAGACACAAAUACAGCAGCCCGGAGCUGAAGAGCUAUCAUACUGCCUAUACACGCACUUUUCUAAACCAAAUGUCAAUCAUUACUGUCAGAAUGUCCAUGUGAACCUUUCCCUCUUUGGCAUUCGCUGUUCUUUCUCUUUUGAUAGAAAUAGUUGAAGAUAAGUCUGGAUUCCAAUUAGACUUGGUUUUUAUUGUCAUAUUUUCUAUACAAUGAAUCCUAUUAUAAUAUUUAAUUUUUAUUGUAAAAGAAACUUUCAAGUCACUCAGCUUUGCCACUUUGCAAUCAAUAAUCAGAGAAACGGAGGCAGGUAAACAGCUAUAAUGAGGACAUACUGCGUACAGCAGUGUGAUUGAACACAUGUUGUCAUUUGUGUUUACAUUGGUCAUUGCAUUCAGUUUGUGUUCUGAAUGAUCUUGCAGCAUUAAAGCCAGUUCUUGGGAUUAAUACUAGCACAAUGGCAGUUUGUACUGAAGCCACAUUGCAACCUGAUGUUAAUGUUCAGUGAUCUUUAGCAGCAGCAGUGAGAUCUGUAUACCUUAAACACUUGCUUUAUGAUUCUAAACAUAAUUUCAAAUUGACUAUGAAUAGUUGGUUGGAAGUAGUAACACAAUUUCUUCAGCUGUUAAAAUAACACUUGACUUUGUGUUUGUAUUUCCUUUUUUUCACUUUUGGUGUUAUGAAUUUAUACAUACAUUUAUACAUACAAUUUAUACAUUUUUUAUUUCCAUUGGUGCCGGCAUGUCUCUGUUAACUUUUGCAUUGUUUUAUAUAGGUCAUGGUUGCCACCGCAGAAACACUGCUUGCUCUUCCCUGUUAUAAUGGACCUGCUCAUCACUUGUCAAAGCUUGCCCUGUAUAUUAAACCAGGUGAUGCAUUCCAAAAAA